AUGGCAUCGCCCGCCCCAAAUGAGGUCCAACGCAACGACUUGUCGCAGCAGGAUCUCCUGGAGGAGGAUCCGGCUAACGACCUUCCCCGCGAGAGACUUACGCGGUCGCAGAGACAGAAGAAAGACGUGGAGACAUGCGCUUGGGCACAGCUGUUGGAGGAUAAAGACCUCGAGGACAGCACGAGCAUCACCGCGAAGCAGUUUCGAGGGGACUUCCGCGUACCCUUCACCUUCUUCCUUCGGCUUGUUGCCUUGGUCAAAAGCAAGAACUGGUUCUCGACUGCUGUGACGGACGCCGUAGGUCGGGCAAGUCACCCAGGGGAGCACAAGAAAGACUACCCGUUCGAGGUAUAA